ACGAGGGCUCUGGGCGUCGCCGGCAGCGCGGCUCUGGGAGCUGUGGAUCAAGGCUUCGGUACAGUGCGAGGGAGGGCCAAGCUGCGGAGCACGGGAUCAGUACGAGGGGCUGGUGUGGCCUGGGGAGCAAGGGGCGCUUUCGAGGCUGGGGGGGCUUGUAGUGCCCACAUGUGGGCUGCCGGCGUCACCGGGGACCCGGAGGUGCUGCCAUAGCCCUGCCUUUGCCCUGGGGCCUGCAGGGAACUGGGAGAUCGGAGCAGGCUCAGCACCAGCAACCGCCACCGGCCCUGGGACUCAGAAAGGGACCGUGUGGGAGUCCCGGCCUGACGCAAAUAACAGGGCUUUUUGCUAUUUCUGUGGAUUACGUGGAUUAGGAAGGUGCAGGUGGCAGGUUACUGCAGGGCGGCCAAAGGGUGGUAGCUUGAGGCAGUGCUGCUCAGAGUCGAGGUGGUUUGUUUGUGGCCUGAGGGACUCUCCCACCCACGUUCCUCCACGAGUUGAGGGGUGAAUCUGCCUCUUAGGUGAAAUGGCUGUGUCUCAGCCUGCCUGGAUCCAGCCGGAGGAGGCAGAGCCGGUGUUGGAACCUGGGAGAGCCUAGGAAACUGUCAGGGGCUUUGCCCUAGCCAUGUUCUGCUGGAAAAGCCUUGUUCUUGCCAAAAGAAGCAGAGCUGGGAGGUAUCUACUCCUACUAGCUGUAAAUGCCAAGGUCAUGGACUUGGCAGAGAGCUGGAGCUAUCAGCUUUGACCUCGAGGUGUUUUGCCUCAAAUAUAUUUUGAGGAAAAAAACUGCUGCAUUGAUGGGCUAGAGGCUGUGCCUAGCCUGAACCGGCAAACAGGCCGUCAUCUCCACCCCGAGCGGCUGCAGCGUGGCUGAGUGUGCGAUGGCCAGUGCGGGAAGACGUGCCAGUCUGGGUUUGAAGCGGUGGCUGUCAUCACAGGGCCUGGCUCCUCGUGUCUGCGUGGUAGGCAGCGGUCCUGCGGGGUUUUACACGGCUCAGCACAUCCUCAAGCACCAUGACCUGGCACGAGUGGAUAUCUAUGAGAAGCUGCCUGUUCCUUUUGGGCUCGUCCGUUUUGGCGUGGCACCAGACCACCCUGAAGUAAAGAAUGUAAUCAACACGUUCACGCACACGGCGCGCUCGGACCGCUGCGCCUACUACGGGAACAUCACGGUGGGCAGGGACGUCACGGUGGGAGAGCUGCAGCAGGCCUAUCAUGCCGUGGUGCUGAGUUACGGUGCUGAAGAUAACCGGGUCCUGGGGAUCCCAGGGGAAAAUCUCUCUGGGGUUUAUUCGGCCCGAGCGUUUGUGGGCUGGUACAACGGGCUGCCCGAGAACCGAGAUCUGAAGCCUGACCUGAGCUGUGAGACAGUGCUGGUUCUGGGCCAUGGCAAUGUGGCACUGGAUGUUGCCCGGAUUCUCCUGUCCCCACUGGAUCUCCUCAGGAAGACUGACAUCACUGACAGCUCCUUGGCAGCUCUUGCCUGCAGCAAGGUGAAGCGCGUGUGGCUCGUUGGGAGGAGGGGACCUCUCCAGGUUGCUUUCACCAUCAAGGAGCUGCGGGAGAUGAUAAACUUGCCUGGUGCCAGACCUGUCUUGGACCCUGCUGAUUUCACAGGCCUUGGAAAUGCUGUUAAAGAUGCCCCCAGGCCCAGGAAGCGGCUUACUGAGCUGAUGAUCAAAACAGCCUUGGAGAAGCCCGGGGAGAAGAUGGUGGCAGCACGGGUGGCGGCGGCACAGGCAGCGGCGGCCCGGGAAUGGGGCUUGAGGUUCCAGCGCAGCCCCCAGGAGGUGCUGCCCACUGCUGACGGGAGGCGGGCGAGGGGCGUCCGCAUGGCCCUGACCCGGCUGGAGGGCUCGGGUGACUCUGCCAAAGCCAUCCCCACUGGAGAGGUGGAGGAGCUUGAGUGUGGACUGGUCCUCAGCAGCAUCGGCUACCGGAGCCUGCCCCUGGACCCGGCUGUACCCUUCGAUCCUCAGCGCGGCGUCAUCCCCAACAGCUCGGGCAGGGUGGAGGGUGCUCCAGGUCUGUACUGCAGCGGGUGGGUGAAGAGAGGACCCACAGGAGUCAUCAUCACCACCAUGAACGACAGCUUUGACACUGCCCAGUCUGUGCUGGAGGACCUCCAGGCGGGCGUGCUGGACGUGUCUGUCUCCAGAGAAGGCUUCGGGGCCGUGGGGAGCAUCCUACGCAGCCGAGGUGUCCGUCCUGUUUCCUUCUCGGAGUGGGAGAAGAUAGAUGCUGCCGAAGUGGCAAGAGGAAAAGCUGCUGGCAAACCCCGGGAGAAGAUAGUUGAUCCCGAGGAGAUGCUGCAGCUGAUCGGUCACUAAAGCACCAGUGAUGGGAACGUGGCACCGAUCCACCCGGUACCCUCCUGGGGCAACGCAGCGGGUUACAGGCAUGGCCUGGGAGAGCAGGGCCGGCUGGAACUGAUGAUCGGUCCAGGGAAGGUGCGUGAUGUUUGAGGCUCUCUGGUAACAAGCUGCCAGGAUUCCCAAAGUGAGUGUGUAAAAACAUCUGAAGCUGCUGGCUGGCCCCACGUCCCUGCAGCCCGCGCCUGGAGGCAAUUCUUGUUGUCAUUCGAGUCCUUUGGGCAUUAGCUUGCUAGCUGGAGCAGGUGAAGGGAGAGUCACUUGUUGCAGGAGUCUUGGCCAGAGAUGUUCCCCGUGGCAAGCAGCAUAGCAAAACUUCCUUGUGUCUUGCUGCCUCCCCUUUAAGCCUCAAGCCAAGUGGCUUCCUUGCCUUGUUGUCUGUGCCUGGGUUCCAAGCAAACGUUUUUUUAAUAAUAAUUGUUUUUAAAUAAACCCUGCCAGGAAAGCCAAACUGGA